GCGCUGACAGAUCAGAUGGGAUCCAUGGUGGCAGAGGGUGGCCACCAUCGUCCAUAUCAUGCAGCCCGUCAUGGAGUUGCUCAGGAGGAUAGAUCCUGGAGGACAGUACAUGUCCCUCAUGAUCGAGUGGACGCAGAAUCUUGUCCGCCGUAUCACGGUCGCAUGCGCCCCUUUGGGGACGUCGUUCGCCGACCGGAUCAUCAGGCAUGUGCAGGCUCGCAUACAGCACAUGCUUGAGCCGGCUCACUGCGCAGGGUUCUUACUGAACCCCCGCAGGCGACACGUUCGCUACUUUUCGGGGCAGGUGGAGAGGUACGAUGCUUGGCUUGUGGGGCAAGCCAAGAGGUACAUUUUGACGCAGACGGGAUUCGAGAUGGAGGGUGCGGAGUACAUCCUUGCAUGUCAGCACUUUAAGGACUUCCACAUUCAGCAGGGCAGGUUCGGGGAUUGGGGCGGUCCGGAGGGGCGUGCUCGUGGGCGCGCGUGCAGCGGCGACAGCGAGACGAAUGAGUGCGCGUCUUGGUGGUCUCAGUUCGGGUCGGGCGCGCCACAGUUGCAACGUUGCGCUCUUCGGGUGAUGCACAUGUGGUCUUGCGCCUCUCCAGCGGAGAGGAACUGGGCAGUCCACGAGGGCAUUCACACGAAGAAGCGCAACCAGUUGGCCUUUGAGAAGGUCGUGCAACUCGUUGAGAUCACCGCAAAUGUGCGGUUGACUGAGUAUCGGCGGGUUGGAUGUGGCUAUGUGCUGCCAUGGCAGCGGGACGAGGGCAUGUUGGAUUGCCAGGCAGGACUCGAGUUGGAGCCUGUGCGCACGGGAACCCGCAGGGGGAUGACGAACGAGGAGAUUGCCCGCCAGGCGACGACCCCCACUCCGACGAGGCGGGAUUCGCCCAUGCCGCCACAACCUGCUCCGAGUCCUGCACCACGAUCGCCCGUCUCGCCACUUCCGCCGGACAGGGAGGAGUUAGGGUCCUCUUUGCCUCAGCGAGGCCUUCUCCACAGAGGCGGGGCAGUCCUCCAGCUUAGGUUAGGAUCACCUUCCCCGGGGAUAGGGCAGGAGGAGGGGGGACCUUCGGCAGCAGCAGUGGAGAGUUCGAUGGCACCAGCGGCUGUGUCGGACGCGACGAUCGCGGCCGCGGUGGAGGAGAUAGCAGCAGCAGCAGCAGCAUCAGUGCUAGAGGAGAUGGCAGCAUCAGUGCUGGCGGAGGAUCCACCAGCGGCAGGAGGAGGUGCAGCAGUGGCAGCAGCAGGAGGAGCAGGUGGAGGAGCAGCAGCAGUGGAGGUUGAGGUGGUAGCAGCACUGGAGGAGGAGGACGCACCAUCGGCAGCUGCAGUGGAGGAGGAGAUAGCCGCACAGGCCGAGGUGCAGCGUGGGGGCGAUGACGAGCACCUCAUGCAGCAGUUCCUCACGGAGGAGCUCGGUUCGGCCAUAGCGGGUAUGACCCCGGGUGUGGAGAGGGGGUUUGGGAUUUCAGAUUCGGAGAUGGGGACCCACUUAGACUUGGAUUUGUCGGUGGGCCUUCCACCCAGUUGCGGCGGGGCGACAUCGACGGAUCGGGCUCCAUCGAGGGACGAGGCGCCAGGCAGGACUUCGACGCAGACUGCCAGAGAGAGGACGACGACUCAGUCUCCAGAUGCAGCACACAUCAUGGAGCGAGAGAGGGCUAGACUUUUGGCAUCGACUGACCCUCGUGCUCAGGCGUUCGCACGGGCCGUAGAGGACGUUAGGCGUCUAGAGAUAGGGGGGGAUUGUGUGCAGGGUGGGGUGGUGGCGGGGGAGGACGUUGCGGAGGGAGUGGCAGCAGAGCCGGUACCCGAGGCUAUGCCGGGUGGAGCAGAGACAGCGGACGUUGCUGUGGAGGGACGGACUCAGACGGUGGAUGAGGCAGUGCAGGCAGGACAGCGACGAGUCGAGGGGGCUAUAGACUCUCGACGCGAGGGGCAGGAGACAGCGACGGGUCCAGUCGUUGCGUUCUCGGGCCUGCACUUGGCUCAGGCCCGACAGCUGCAGGCGGUUCAGAUGGCAGUGCAUGGUGUGCCACCGCCCGUUAUCACAGAUUUGGGGUCCGAGCCGGUGGUUGUGCCCCCACGUCUUCCUAGCCGCUUUGCUCUGCAGGAGGUCCGUCGUCCUUUGGAUGCAGAGGAGUUGGCGAGAGAGGCUGUGCGCGAUGUUACUCGCUUGGACCGGCAGAUCUUCGACCGGAAGCUCGAGCACCCACCGUGGCAGUCGAUCCCUUCGGUUCCAUGGGGUCCUGCGUCGCCCGUGUGGUCUGGGUCUACCUCCACUGGAGGACAUACCGCAGGACAUGUUCUAGGGGUUUCGGGUGGCGUGACGGAGACAGCGCCACGCACAGGAGACAUGCCACCCCCUCCUCCCAGAGCACCUGCAGGUGAUCCGUCAUCGUCACCCACAGGCAGAGGCUCUCGAUCCCCACACACACCUGGGAGAUCUAGGAUUCGUGACACGACAGCAGUUCAGCAGGACGUGUGUGACACGACGAUAUUCGGGAGGACAGUUAUACAUUUGGAUUCCACCCGCCGUGUCACGGAGCACACUGCACGCCUUCAGCCGGGCUUGGUAGGAGGAGGCGCUAGGACGACCACGGCGAGGGAGGUACCGGCAUCGGGUUGUGAGCCUCAGCUAGGUCGUGGCAGAGGAGUGUCGACCGAUACCUUGGAGUACGCUCUGAGAGCAGCGACGCGUGCCGUGCAGGAGCAGACUCCACGCAAGCGUGGAGUACCUCCUCGUCCACGCCCCAGGCGGCUUGUCGAGGCCAUCAAGUCAGCCCCGACGAGCAAAGGUCCCGUCACGGUAACCCUCACGGAGGACAUCGUGCUCACGAAGCCUUUGCCGUCCCUCGUCAAGGGCCACAUCAUUGUGAUUGGAUCCUGCGGCACCCGCAGGUGCGUGAUCGACGGUGGAGGCAAGCACCAUAUCUUCACGGGCAAUGGCGACGCUGCUCCUCGUUGCCACGCGACUUUCGAGAACCUCAUCUUCCAGAAUGCCGUCGGGAGCGCGGUGCAGGGCUCCUGCAACCUCAAGCUGAAAGGGGUCCAUUUCAAGAACAACACGAAGCAGAGCGCCGUGCUGAUCGCCUAUGUUGACAAGUGGGAGAUCGAGGACUGUUUGUUCGAGAACAACCGGGCAGAGGGGAUGGGGGGGGGCGCUGUUCAUGUCCUGUUUGGUGGCCCUGGAAAACUUAUCCGGACUACUUUCAAGUCCAACGAGGCGAGCUUGGAAGGGGGGGCGCUAUUCAUCCGGUACUCGUCCACCACCCACACCCUCGAUCGGGUGACCUUCGACUCGAACACAGCCGGGGAAGCCGGGGGAGCCAUUGGCCUCAACGGGGCAGAUGGGGGGAAGAACGGAUCGGCGGUCYUGUUCCUCGCCGACUGCAAGUUCAACGGGAACGUUGCCACGGGCGGCUAUGGCGGUGCUUUGUCAAUCACGCGGCCGGUAGAGCGUUUUCCGAAGCUUUACCGCAAAGCAGUGGGGUCUCACAAAUCGUCUUCCAAAGCUUUGCCGCAAAGCAAUGGUGUCUCACAAAUCUUCUUCAAAAGCUUUGCCGCAAAGCAGUGGGGUCCAGCUCUAACCAUAGGAUCCAAAACCUAUUUAAUUUAGUCUGAACGUGUUUGCUAUGCAGGAUUCAGGCCCUUUUCAGGGUCCUUCUGCGAAGUACCCAUCAUAAUGAAAUUCUUCGUCCGCU